GGCCCGCUGGCCCGCCACCAUGCCGGCCGCUCAGACCGCUCAGACGGUGCAGUGCCUCCCCCCCUCCCCCUUUCGUUACCUGCACACGACAGAGGGCUCCACGGUCGAUAUUCCCCGUCGGGUCGUGACCGCUGCCUGGCUGGGGUCCUCGCCGACCCGGCCAGGCCCGGCGUCCCCGCGGGCCACCAAGAGGAACGAGGAAAAUUGGGACGGUCAGUGUUCGAACCGCGGAACCCGCGCGCCCCGAGCGGAGAGAGAACCGCGCAUUUUCCGUUCCAGGCUGUGGAAUUUUUCCUUGGCCUCGUCCGUUUCCUCGGACCUCCUCAAGGCGCCGGUUCGGCUCGGCGGUUUCCCGACGACGCAAUCCUCCAUUAUGUUGAGCCGCGCCAAUAGACAAAACCCCACCCGGAAAAAAACAACAACAAAUAAAAACGGAGUCACCUGGCGAACGAUAUGGAAACACGGUUCCAGGCCGGGCGGCCCAGCCGGUCCACGCGCCGCGCCACGCCGCACAACGCCACUGUAGUGAAUCGCCGAAUCGCCCCGCCAAAGAGCUCCCGAUAGCACGCUAGCACACGCACGGCACCUUUCCGUGCGCAGUGAAAACGGACGCCUCGUGGGGCACGGCCAGCACGGCACGGCAACACGCCAAUGGAAAAUGGCGAACCGUGGCCAAUCUGUUUUAUAGGGGGUGGGGCUGGCUUUUCGCGUGGCGCCUUGCCCAAUGACCACACUGUGAAACAGACAGUCCAGGGGAUUUUCCAGCGGACAACACUCAGAAAUCCCUAAAGCAGUCCCUCUUGGGGGACCCGGUCGGGGCUAGCUGGAUGUCAAUCCUUGGUGACCAACUUGCUGCAGGUUAAUGUGGGUGAAGAGCGUUUGAUGUAGUUUUUCGGUUGGCCGCGUCGAUGUGAAUCUGGAACUUCGAUCUACGGCGAUUUAAAAAUGCCACGGUGCUGUUUUUGUUGUGUCCAGAGCCGCGCGGGGCCCCCAGGUUCGUGUCGGCACGCGCCUCUCUCUCUGUCUCUCUCUCUCUCUCUCUCUCUCUCUCUCCUCUCUCUCUCUCUCUCUCCCCGCGCGCCACGGCCAACACUGUGGCCACUCCGUCAUUCCGUAUUCCAUGUUCGAUUCGAAUCGAUGCGCCCCAACACUGCGCCCAAUCGUUUUAAUGGUUCCCAUUGUACUCUUCGGGCCUCGGGUACGAGCCACCCACUCCAACCCAGCAAUAGUUACGUGCGUCCACAAGUUUCCUUAUCGUAGUUUAUUUAGUAGAGAAAUUAGUCACCCGUCUGUAAAAAAAAGAAGAUUUCUUUUAAAAAAUUACGACGCAUUUAUCAACUUUUGCAACUAUUUGGGAAUAGGAAACCGUGAAGCGGUCAGAGCAAAGCGGCGAGCCGUGGCGUGACGGGGCUGAAGUGGCGGCAGGGUGGAGCGAGCGGGCCGGUCGGUAAUGGGAAAAUAAUGGAAAGAUCUUGAUACGGGGCCGUGCUGGAGGUGAGACAGAGGUUACACCAGUGUGGUGGUUGGUUGCUUGGUUGCCUGGUGGCAGGACUAGCCCCGUGGUACUCUGUCGCCAAUUGGCCAGGGAAACAAAACCGAGAGGCGAGGAAAACAUAGGAGGGGCUCGUUAGGGCCCGCUUUUAACACGCCGGUGCCAACUCAUUCACUAAGUCUGGCUGGGCCGGGCCGGGCCUAGCUCGCGCCCCUCGCGCCACGCGGCGGUGGCGUCAGCCCGCGUCACUUACCCGGGCUUAACAUCGUUCAGUCUUUUAUCACCGCCGUCCUACGAACCAAAGCGGUUACGAAACAAACGCCCCCUUUGUACAUUGUAGAGGACAAGGCACGUGAUUGCCACGGGGACCCUCUCAGUCCUUGCAGCACGCCAAAAAGAAAAUUUAAGAGUUUCAAAACUAAUUUAUCACAUUUUAAACUUGUGGAAAAAAUGGACGCACAUUUUUUCCUCCAAUUCUAACCUGGAAUUCGAGAUUUUUUUUCAUCCGUUCGUUUGAUAUUUGCCCAUUGAUACGCAGUCGCUGGAAGAAAGCUUCCCUGUCCUUCUCAAAGGUAGCAGAUGCUAUCGUUCCAAGAGCUCUUUCACAGAUAGCACGUCUACGCCCACGCUUUUUUUUUUGAAAAUUUUUUGUUUACUAUUUCUACAUUGCACUCGGCGCGUUUGAUUGCCGCACCUCGAUGUCGCGCUAUCAUUCGCUAUGACGGCCGAAAAUCUUCUCCUAACAGUGAUAGCGAAAUGUGGAAAACACAUCCGCGCUCGACAACAGCCUAUCUGCCCAAACGCUCCACCUUGAUAGGCUGCGUGCGCGCGCACCUCGUUUCGAUUGCGAGAGAGAGAGAGAGAGAGAGAGAGAGAGAGAGAGAGAGAGAGAGAGAGAGAGAGAGAGAGAGAGAGAGAGAGAGACGCUAGGUUCGCUCUGGUCCCGCGGUGCGACGGAGAGCGAGCGAGCCGACUCGGGCCGCCACAGCGUCGCCACGGAAGCGUCAGGACGUCACGUUUUCCUUGCCGAAAUGAUAUGGCGCGAGAUAAGCGGCUCGAGUGUUUAUCGCGAACCUGCCGACUGAUCAGUCGCCGCGUCGCCGCAGCGUGCGAGCCGAGCGGGCCAAUCCGCCGGGCCAAUCCGCCGGGCUUAGCAGCGCCUAGCAGCGUGCGGUCGAAAGUCGAAGCACGAAUGCCGACGCAGACGCACUCGCAGGCCAUGACGGGCAGCACGAUGCCCCGCGAGGCGCACCGCCCCUACCGCUUCGGCAUGACCCUGCUGUGCUUCGGCGGGCUGCUCAACUGGGUCGGGCUGUUCGAGAACUACACGGAGCCCGUGCGCUACAUCGGGGUGACCUGCGUCGUGUCGGGCGCCAUCUUGCUGUGCUUCGCCAUCUGCUGCUGGCUGCGGCCCGGCGCGCACCGCCAGAACGCCUGGGGGCAGGCGCACCCGCACGCCAACCCGGCCCUGGCGGGGCGCGACCCCGUGCACUUCAUCACGCUGGAGCGGACGUCCUCCGCGGUGGCCGCGCAGUCGGCGCAGAAGCCGCCCGACUACGACUCGGUGACGGACAAGCCGCCGUCCUACGACGACGCCAUCAAGCUGUCGCCCGCGCUGCUCUGGCUGGCCAACGAGCACGAGCGCCACGAGGAGGAGCUGCUGGCCGUGCCGCCGCCAGACACGCCGCCCGGCUCGCCGCCCGGCCACGCCUCAGGCGCCUUGCUGCCCAAGUCCCGCGGCCAGGACGACGAGCUGCGCGUGUCCGAAGUGGACGAGGCGCCGUCGUCGCCGUCCCCGCCGCCGCGGCGGCCCAGCCGGGCCUCCAGCUCGGCCUUCGCCGCCAGCAGCAGCAGCGAGGCGUCGCCCGCCGCGCCGAGGGCCUCCACGUCGUCGAGCAGGACGACGACCAGGACGCCCACCACCAGGACGCCGGCCCCCGACGGCACGUCCUGCUCCGCGGACUCCGAGCCCUUGGCCAGGGCGUAGGCCGGCCGUCGGCACUGCAGGGAGUGCCGCGAGAGGGGGGACGCGGCCACUGGAACUGGCGGUCCCCCCUCCCCCCAACCAAAAAGAAACCCCCCAUGCACAGGGUGGAGAAGUCCAAUGGACCCUAAAAACAGCUGUGUGGGCACUGUCGGACUGGCCGGGGUGCACCAGCGCUUCGCUUCGCCGCGUUCGAGUCUCUUCGACCGAAGGGAGACCUGCGGCACGGCGACACGGCGGCACGGGCCUGGGCGACGCAGUGGUUCGCCUCGCCCGCACCGCACCGCCCCGACAGCUUCACCGCCUUUACGAGCUGAAGCCUGCUGCAGCAACGGGGCGGCCCAGAGCGGUGCGGCGAGCCUCGCAAGCAACACUGUGCCAUGAGCAAUACGUACUUUUUAUGAUGAUUUGAGUUUCGUUGCGCACACGCGAAAAUGCUAGUCUUUCAAUAUAGUGAAAACAUUCCACUUUCGCAGACGGGAACCCCCGCGGGCGGAAGGACUUACAAAACGUUUUGCAAACUAGUCAUUGAUUGUCGAGCGGGUGGACUGAUAGAGGGUGUAUCUUUUGUAUUAUAAUGUCAAAGUAUCGAUACAUGAAUGUGAUAACGGGCCAUGCCUGUAGUGAAGCAGUCACUGUGUUAUUUUAGUGCAUUCUCAGACUGCAACCCCUGCAGUACGUAGGGUAGCCUGACCCGUUGAACGUGCCUGCCUGACUGGUUGCCUACCUUCCAGGUGGUCAAGCGCACAACAAUUAUUCAUGUUGCUAAGCUUGGAUUUAUUUUUCAAUUUUUUGUGAUCUUUGUGGUUCCGAGUAAAGCGGCUUUCCCCACCUCGCUUUUGCAAAUUUUUGAGCAUUGCAUAUUAUUUUGACCGCACUACAGUAACCCUUUGAGAAAGAACAGGUUUCUCACGUGUUCCUCAGCUCCUCCAUUGUCUUAAAUAGUCGCUUCUUGAAAUUGUGAUAGCUUCUCACGAUAGCAGCAAGCCUGUUGGUGAGAAUGCACAAAGUAAAAUGAUCGUGUUGUGACUUGAGUUUGGUAUAUACUUGACAUGUUGUUUUAUUUUUAUAAUAAAUGGACUGUUUUUCUGACA